AUGGAAUCUGGUUUCUAUGUGCAACCUUGUGAAGUCUAUGGUGAUAACAAAUGUGAUGAGGUUGUUGGUCUUGAUCUUAAUCUCUCAUCCAUGUCAUGUCUUCCCUUCUCUUCUCUUUCGACUCUGGAGAACAGUUCUGCUGUCUGGGAGAUUCCGUUCAUAGAUGAAACAAGAAAUCUUAAGAGGGUAAAGCUUGAAAAUAGUGCUGAUGAAUCCAUUGUAAGUACUAAUUAUAGUCUUUAUAGUGGCAGUGGCAGCAUGUAUACUGGUGGGUUCAAUAGCUUGUCAAGAAUUCAAAUCCGGGAUCACAUAUCAGCUUACACCCGGAGAUACAUGGCAGCAGAAGCCAUGGAAGAAGCGGCUUCAACCUUUCUGGGAGGUGAACCUGAGGAAGAAGGAAGUGGAGAUGGGAUGAAACUAGUUCAAAAACUCAUUUCGUGCGCUGAGGCCGUGGCUUGUCGUGACAAAACUCAUGCUUCAGCAUUGCUGUAUGAGCUUAGAACUAAUGCCCAGGUCUUUGGGACAUCAUUCCAGCGGGUAGCUUCCUGCUUUAUCCAAGCUCUCUCUGACCGUCUUGCUCUUGUUCAACCACUGGGAGCUGUGGGAGUUACUACAAAGAUAAUUGGUGUUUCAUCAGAGAAGGAUGAGGCUUUGCACCUUGUUUAUGACAUUUGCCCACAUAUAAGGUUCAGUCAUUUUGUAGCAAACACAUCAAUAUUGGAAGCCUUUGAGGGAGAGAGCUCUGUUCAUGUCAUAGACUUGGGCAUGACCCUAGGCCUCCUACAUGGGUACCAAUGGCGCAACUUGAUAGACAGACUGGCCAGCCGAACAGGACGCUUACCUCGCCUUCGAAUAACUGGUGUUGGUAACUCUUGUGAACGUCUUGAAGCGAUUGGUAAUGAACUAAAGCUGUAUGCACAAAACGUCGAGCUGGAAUUUGAAUUUUUAGCACUGGAAAGUAACUUGGAAAACCUGAAGGCAGAAGAUUUCAGUCUCAUUGAUGGGGAGGUUUUAGUCAUCAAUAGCAUACUCCAGCUGCAUUGUCUUGUGAAAGAGAGUAGAGGAGCAUUGAACUCAGUUCUACAAACACUAUAUGAGCUAUCACCAAAGCUAAUGGUUCUAGUUGAGCAGGACUCGAGCCACAAUGGGCCCUUCUUUCUUGGGAGGUUCAUGGAGGCAUUGCAUAACUACUCUGCCAUCUUCGACUCCUUAGAUGCAAUGUUGCCCAAGUAUGACACAAGGAGAGCUAAAGUGGAGCAGUUUUAUUUUGGAGAGGAGAUUAAGAACAUAGUAAGCUGCGAGGGACCUGCGAGAGUGGAGCGGCACGAAAGGAUUGAUCAAUGGCGCAGGAGGAUGAGGCGCGCCGGGUUCCAACCGGCGCCCCUGAAGACAAUUACGCAGGCCACAAAAUGGCUAGAAAAGAAUGCUAGUGAAGGUUACACAAUUGUGGAAGACAAGGGCUGCUUUGUUCUUGGGUGGAAAUCAAAGCCUAUCAUUGCAGCUUCAUGCUGGAGGUGUUCUUAA